UUCAUGUGUUAAAAAAGACAUUUUUAUUCUUUAUUUUACAACUAAAUUUACUAUAUAAAUUCUUUAAAUCCAUAAUGACAGAAAAAUCGCCUGCAGUUUAUGAAGACCCUACAGGUUCAAAGGGAAAUGCUGAAUCUACAUGUAUUAACUACCAUCAAACACCAUUGGUCAGUGACAUUUUACCAACCGACACUCCUACUGCUGUUUAUGAAGACCCUACAAGUUCAAAGGGAAAUGUUGAAUACACAGAUAUUGAGUAUUUAGAGGCUACAAGUAUAGAAAAGGAUAAACUAUUGUGUUUGGAAAAUUGUGAAUCUACUCAAUUAGAUCUUUUGGAGGAGAAUACUUCUGAAGAUUUUUUUGAAUUAUCAGCAGCCUCAACUUGGAAAAAUGAUCCCUUUUUGUUAAUAAAAAUUAAGCAUUUUACACCAGAAAUCAUAAGUAUGAUUGUGGAAUGGGGACCAUGUCAGCCAACUUCUGAUUUUCUACCAAAUAAAGAAUUUUUAAAAGACAAAGAUGGACGGCAUUUUCAUGCAGGAUGGUACUACAGAACUCAUACAGAUGGAACUAAAACAAGAAGAAACUGGUUAACUUAUUCACCAUCACUAAAUAAGAUAUUUUGUUUAGACUGUAUUUUAUUUGGAAGAAAAACCGCUAAAGCUUGGGUAAAAGAUGGAUUUUCUCACUGGAAGAAUAUGGGCAUUGCAGUAAUUAACCAUGAAACAACUAAUGCUCAUAUUGAAGCUUCAUUAAAAAUUAAAUUAAGGGAAUCUGUUUUACCCUUAAUUCCAUCCUUGGAAGUAAACCGAAAAUCAAGUGUAGCUCUUAAUAGGGAAAUUGUGAAACAACUAAUAGAUAUAACAGUCUUUUUGGGACGCCAUUGUUUGCCUUUUAGAGGGCAUAGAGAACGCUGGAUUGAUCAACUCAAAGAAUACAUAUCACAAAUUGUUCAAUCUGAUAUUAUUUCAUCAAGAAUAUUCAGUGUUUCACUCAAUUCUACCUUUGAUAUAUCCCGUAAGGAACAGGUUUCUUUUAUUAUAAGGUAUGUUAAUGAAACUAAUGGUACAGUUAUGGAAAGAUUAUUAGCAUUAAGAGAAUUCCCAUGCACUACCGGAGUUCAUCUUUCUGAGUUAUUUCAAAAUGUUUUUAAUCAUCAUAAUCUUGAUUGGAAAUCAAAUUUAGUGGGUCAGUCAUAUGAUGGGGCUGCAAACAUGAGUGGGCAGUACAAUGGCCUUCAAGCUAAAAUACUUGAAGAAAAUCCUCAAGCCCUAUUUAUUUGGUGUUCUGCUCAUAGGUUAAACCUAAUAGCUAGUCAGGCAGUAGGAUCUUGUUCAAAUGCAGUGGAUCUAUUUGGAAAUUUAGAAAAAAUAUUUACUUUUAUCACUGGAAGUAAAGCACGAUCAGCUUUUUUUAGAGAAAAACAAUUAGAACUCUAUCCAAAACAACAAAUUAGAUCAGUGAAACGUGUAAACACUACUCGUUGGAUGUCACAUGCCUAUGCCUUAAAUACCGUACUUGAUGUUUACGAUGCAGUUUAUCAAACGAUAGAAGAAGUAAGAAAUAGAGACGGAGGAUCGGAUUUUAAACUUGGUGCUGAUUGUAAUGGACUGCUUAGUUACUUGACUUCUUAUAGGUUUUUAAUGACAGCUUUUAGUUUUAAAAAAAUAUUUGAAAUACUUGAACCAUUAACCCGUACAUUACAAGCUCGUGACAUAGAUAUUUUAGCAGCGAUGUAUUUAGUUAAUAGUGCUAAAGAAUCCAUAGUGGCACUGAGAACUGAAGAAACAUUUGAAAAUAUUUUGAUAUUAGCUAAAGAAUUUGAUGAUAAGUAUGAGAAUGAGGAAUUUGAGCCAUUGCGGACAACAAGAAAACGUAAAGUUAGAAAAAUGGCUGGGGAAUUAUGUAGUGAUGAAGUUGAACAAAAUCCUAUUCAAAAGUUUAAGGUAGAUACUUAUUUUGUAGCAUUAGAUAUUAUUAAAACACAAAUUAGUCAAAGAUUUACUGAUAAAACUAUUGAAGUAAUGAAAGAUUUUGCUUUAUUAUCAACCAAACGUAUAAAAGAAUUAAAAAAAAACCCUAAAAGCAUACCUAUAGAUGCAUUUAAGGCUGUUUGUUUGGUAUAUAAUACAUUUUUAAAGUUAGAAGAUGUCCGUAGGGAGUAUGAACAGUUUAUAAAUUGUGAUUUAAUUGUUAAUGAAACUUUGCCAUUGUAUCUGCAUCCUAAUUUAAAUGAUGACAAUUCAAGUUUGAGCUCUAACGAUUCAAACAGUGACGAUACUACAUCUGAACAAUUAAAAAGGUGGCAAAAUUCAUCAAGUUUAAUGUGUGUUUUUCAAGAUUUCUGUAAAGCUGGUCUAAAAUCUAUUUUUCCAAGUUUAUUUAUGCUUAUAAAAAUUGGAGUGACUAUUCCAGUAUCAAGCUGUUCCCCAGAGAGAUCUUUUUCCAAAUUAAAAUUAAUAAAAACUCGUUUAAGAAGCACAAUGGGGGAAGAUAGAUUGGAAGAUCUGAUGCGUAUCACCUGUGAAGCUGAUAUACAUGAAUAUUUUACUCUUUACUGUGGUUAUCAUUAA